UACACACAAAAAUUGGGAAAUUGUGGCUAAUGAUAUUAUCCAUACAUUUUUAUGAUUCCUGUCAAAUUAAAAUGAUAUCCAUUCUCAACGGCCCACGAUAAGCUUUUGCAAUUGUUAGAGAAUAGAGACUAUGGAUGUCCUGAUCUACCAUCCUCUCAAAUCCAUUUUGUUAGCUCAAUGUUUUUCCAGAAGCAGACCCAUCAAAUGGAAAUCAAGAAUAGUGCUCCGCUGUUGCUCAUCAGCUCAAGAGGCCACAAUAAAAAACUUGUCUUUGCAGAUUGAGGGAAGAAGGACAUUAAUGGGGUGUGUUUUAGCAGCUGCUGCUAGCUUUUAUCUGUGUGAUGUGGCCAGUGCUGUUAGCACAAGUAGAAGAGCUCUUCGAAGUGCGAAAAUACCUGAGAGUGAUUACACAACUCUUCCUAAUGGCCUGAAGUUAGUUUUGAAUUUUCUCUUUGAAAUCGUUACAUGAAUUAUUAUUCUUUUGAGACAAUUGCAUGAACCUGCGUCAUUUCGAUUAGGCCUGAUAGACUCUUUAAUAAAAUAAAUGUCUUCAAACUAACUUCAAAGACUUUGUCAAAAAUUUAAAGAGGUAUGACGACACAUCCCUCCAACCCCGUGUGCAUACUACACACAAGUUGGGGAAUUGAUAUAUGACAUAAUUUGACCAAAACAUCCCUUCUUUAAAGUUACAAAUUAACUUAUUAAAAGUUUGGGGCUGAAAAUGAAAAAAGGAAAAAGGUGCUAGCAAAUGUAAGAAUAGGACUGUGUUAGGUUAAGGGUUGUUGGGAUAUAAUCGCACGCGGAAACAACACACAAUCACGAAUCAACUGCAUAAAAAUUAAAUGACACAAGAUUUAACGUGGUUCGGUCGCCAACUGCAACCUACGUCCACACGGAGCAACUAGGAGGAUUUUAUUUCAUUUGUUGCACACCAAUUACAAGUACAAUGGUCUCUUAAAUCGAGAUUAAUUAAGGAUAUACAAUGAUUAGGCCAUAAGCUUCUAGGUAGUUUCCUGCCAAUUUCUUAAUGACUUCCACCUAACUUCCUGGCUUCACACCCAACAAUAUGUGAUUACUUUUUUUCUGCGUUAGAUUGAUGUAAUACAAUUUUGAGGUAAAUAAAUCUGUGCUUUUCGUUCAAAAGAAAAAAAGAAAUUUUGUUGCAAACCAACUUUUAUGUUUGACUUUUUUUUUAAGAAAUCACUUUUUAAUUUUUUUAAAGCCACUUUUAUGUUAAGUUAUGUUUUUAAAACCCACCUUUUAUGUUUCUUAUUAAAAAAAGACCUUUUAA